CGAAUCCCCCACACGGAGGAUAGUUUACAUUGCUGAAAGGUGUCAGACUUGGAGCAACUAUUCUCUGUAGUAAGUGCGGUGGUACGGUAAACGUUGGAUGGUUGAAAGCAUCUGGGCAUGCACACCAAGAUCCUCUCGGCCAUCUGGUGCUCACAGACCCAUGGCACCGCCGCACUCACCGCUGAGGCUCUUCUCCAUCAAACUUGGGGCCCUUUGUUGGACAAUUUUUGGUAAAGCUUUUCAAAAUUGACUUCCCUGUCCUACUGAGUGAUACAUUUGCUGUGUCUCUGAGUAUCUCUUUGUUUCUCUGCUUUUCUGCUUUUCUGCUUUUCUGCUUUUCGUUACAUGGCGGGGAAGUCUUCUUUGUGGUAUUUAUGGAUUCGCGAUGGAGAGGCUUUUAUCGUUCGUGCCGAUCUUCGUUUCCCAAUCGGCCGUCCGUCCGGUCACUUUCUCGCUGUUGUCGUCUGGUUUCUUAUCUCGAUUAACGACGUGGUCUCGAGAGCUCUGGAAUAGAGUUCCCAUUUAACGAAAAGGAGCAGCAAAGUUCGGGAAAGGUUAUUUAGAAACCAGGUAUGACUAUGACUCCUGCAACAAAUUAAGAGGUCAUCUCAAAAUCCUGGAAGGCAAGUACACAAGAGAUGGCGUGAUGAAUGGUUUGCAACAUUGCAUUACCUUAACCAUUUUUUGGGAUGUCCAUCUCUUCAUUUCUUUACAUUCAAAGAUAUCAUGAAAGAAGAAUAGAUCUACUGGUUGGGCUGCUUUUGAUCUCAAGCAGAAGCAGAAAUAAGGUCUCAAACUAGACUUUGAUGUUGACCCCUAUCCACCCUUGCCAAAUAAGACAUGCAUUGUGGGUUCCUCUGGAAAGUUAAUGCUGAGAAAUGUUCCACCAGUGAAGGCUUUCUAAUCCUUGGCUCAACCUGAAAUAGAAAAUAAUACCGUUAAGGUUCUUGAGAAGCUGAAAGAGCUCCAUGGCUGGGCUGACAAUAGUUUGAUGGAGAACAUUGUAGCUUCUGUGAACAAAAGUUUUGACCAGGCUUCUACUCCAUUGAAGGGUAUGGUUACGCCCAGCAGCAGCUCUGAAGAGAAUAAGCCAGUAGACCUUGCAGAACUGAAAGCUGCUAUUCGGGGCUGUCUUGUUGACAUGAAGCCUGAACCGAUGGAUGGAGGUAUUAUUUUUGAAAAUAAGUUAUCUAAUGGUACUAUGGGCAUUAAACCGCUUUCAAGGCCCUCAGUGUCUCUACCUGCUGAGCCUAAGCGGGAAGAAGAUGAUGUGUACUUGACCGAUCGUAAAGAUGCAAUAAGAGUGGCAAGAAACAAAAUGGUGAGAAAUGUUACACCAGAGAAGGUUCUCUCAUCAGUGCUUCAACCUGAAAUGGACUUUCCAAUUCCCAUUGAUGACAAUGAUUCAAAAAGACAACCAUUAGAUGGUAAUUCUAGUAUGACACUUGAUAAUAAGGUUGUCAAGGAAAAUAAAAUCGUUGAGGGUCUUGAGAAACUGAAAGAGCUCUAUGGCUGGGCUGACAAUAGUUUGCAUGAGGACAUUGUAGCUGCUGUGAAUGACAAUUUUGACCAGGCCUCUACUCCAUUGAAGGGUAUGGUUACGUCCAGCUGCAGCUCUGAAGAUAAUAAGCCAGUAGACCUUGCAGAACUGAAAGCUGCUAUUUGGGGCUGUCUUGAUGACAUGAAGGCUGAACUGAUGUCUCUACCUGCUGAGCCAGAGCGGGAAGAAGAUGAUGUAUACUUGAUCCAUCGUAAAGAUGCAAUAAGAGUGGCAAGGUCAGCUUCUCAGUAUACACUAGCAGCCAGGAACGCAUUCCGAAAAGGUGACCACUUCUCUGCUCAUCAGCUCUCCCUUAAGGCCCAGGAAGAAUGGAGGCUUGCUAAACAGCUGCAUGCAAAGGCAGCUGAGGAAAUUUUAACUAUCACAAAUAGAAAAAAUAAUAUAUGGAAGUUGGACUUACAUGGCCUCCAUGCAAGUGAAGCUGUGCAUGCCUUACAGAAUCAUCUUCAGAAGAUUGAAACACAGAUGCCUUUGAAUCAUGCUGUACCCCCCAAGAAAGUCAAGCACAAAGUUGGAAUAGCAUGCUCUCCAUUGGUUGAGAAACAUAUUUGUGAGGGCAUGGAGGUGAAUGUUGAUGUUCAAAACGACACGUUAUCCAGUCAGAGACGUGCAAUAUUGGAAGUUAUAACAGGGAAGGGUAACCAUAGCCGACGAAAACCUGUUCUUCCUUCAACCAUCAGAAGUUUCCUCCUUGAGAAUGGAUGCAUUGGAGAUGUAUCAAUCGUGAUUUCCAUUGUCUUGCAGAUAUCGUUUUAAGGUGAGGCCUGGGGCAAUUGCAGUCCAUCCCAAGUUUCGUAACAGGUGAAAACCUUAUGUAUUACGAAAUGUAAAAAUUAUUUAGUUUAUGCGUCUGUGCAUGCAAUUUAACUUGCCUUUGAGCUGUUACCAAAUUGUGCUCUUGAGGGCUUAGCUGAAUAAGAUCAUCAGAGAUUGUUGCUAACAAGUUUGAGCAUGUUCUGAAUUGUAAUUUUGUAGUGGUUUGAGGUUGAAUUGUAAUCUGUUGUUUCUGUUGAAUCAUUGGCUGUAUUAAAUGUAUAAAUACAUGAGUAAUGAUUUCUUUUCUGAGAAAAAAAAAAAAAAAAAAACAGAGCCUUCAAACAAA